AUGAAAGCUAAAAAUAUUACCGACAGUGAGCGUGAAACUUUGCGUUAUCAACUAUUAAAACUGGAAUUUUUAACAAAAAGAAAAGCCGGACAGUAUGUUUUGCUUGAUACAAAAAAUAAUCGUAUUGUUGCUAGUGGAGAGCAAACAAGAUUAGAUAAGACAGCUAAAAAUGAAUUAUUAGAAAAAGCAAACCCCAAAGAAGUAAUUACGUUUUUAAAACAAUUGAACGCUUAUUUAGAAAAAACGGAAAACCUGAAUGCGAAAAGAAACCAAGAAGCCGAAGCACUAUUUAAGAAAUUAAAAUCUCCUCCUUAUCAGAACAUUAAGAAAGUAGCCUUACGCAAACUUAUUUUGCUGGACGAAGCCAAAGAUUUAAGAGAAUUAAGUCAAUUACCAAAUAAUCGUUUAGAAAAGUUAAAAGGCACCGAAAGAACUUACAGCAUUAGAAUUAACGACCAAUAUCGCAUUAUUUUCGAUUGA